CCUCCCCCUCCCUCCAUCCGUUCCCGCCUCCCCUCCUCUCCCCUCCCUGCUAGCAGCCGCGGCAGCGGCUGAGUGUGCGCGUGGCGGAGCCAGUGCCCGUGUCCCUGGGAACCAGGCGGAAGGCGACAGAGGGACAAGGGAAUGGUGUGGGCUGCCCACUGCCGGGGCUGGGAAGGUCUGACUCGCUGCCACCCGCUCUCCGCCUGCCUGGCCCCGCCCGACGGAGGUGCACUGCCCGCUGUGCCUGCAGCGCCUCCCCCGCAGCAACGGUCCCUGCGCCAGGAGGAGGAGGUGCGCAUGGCCUGUGUUUUACCGCGAAAGGAUGACGAACGGAAGAGAGAGAGCCAUAAGUUCGCAGUCCAUAAGGAGAAGCGGCGGCUGGCCAUCCGCAAUGCAGCCCAGCAGUGGGAGGGCUUCAAGGCUUGCCUGGACUUACCGACCCAGAACAGCUCCCGGGACGAGGCCAGUCCUGAGCACUGCCCUGCCCACUCCAGUGGGUCCGCUCAGCAGCUCUCUCCGGAAGAGUCCAAGACCGUGAGUCCAGUUGGCGCUUCAGAGAAACCAGCAGGAGGGAACGAGAGCAGAAUACGGACCAGUCGUCCCAGCAGCCCACGGGACCCCAGGUCCCCAGAGGCAGGGGGCACAAAUGUGCAGAGCUUGUCUCUGUCAGACAGUCACCUGGCUGAGCUGGAUGGGGACACACUGCGCCUGUUUGGUACAGGAGCUCUGGAGGCCUUGGAGCGUGGCUGGGGUGCGCAGACCGCCGGCGCCGUCACCGUCAUUGCCUUCCGCUACAUCGCUUUCGAUGCCAUCGUGCCGCUGCUGUCGCGCAUCAGGUUGAAGUUCCCCAACUUAUCGCAUCUCGUCUUCCUGGAGACCAACAUCAGUCGGUUACCUCAGCUGGGCGCCCUGACCCAGGUCCGUCGUUUGGAACAGCUGACCAUCCACCCUGAUGGGAACCCAGUGGUCGGGCUGACGUUGUGGCGCUCCUUUGUCAUCUACCGGCUCCACCACUUCAACCUGCAGAAGAUCAACGGCCAGGAGGUGACCGCCGACGAAGCGAUCGCGGCGGAGAGGCUGUUUGGUGCAUUGGGUCACAUCACCGCUACGGAGACGCCGCACUACCGACUUCUGCUGCUGCUGGAGGAGUCGAGGAAACGUCAGCUUCAGUUUCUUCUGGAGGGUCGCGGCCGACGGGCGGCGGCAGGGCAGAGUCCGGAGGAGCUUCGCGAGAAUGGGAAGCUGCUGGGGGAAGGCCUUAGCCGGGCGCUAUUCAGUCACCCGAGCCGAGAUGCCGGUGUGGAUGGCACCGAGGAGGGUGCCGUGGAAGCGAUGGAGAGAGCCGAAGCUGCCCAGCUGUACUUGUGUGGGCUUCUGACGAGAGCCUCUGACACCAACUCAAAGCGGGAGGCUCUACACAAGAUAUGGCCUUCCCUGUUUGUGGAGAUGGUGAGGGACUGCAUGCUGGACAUGAGGGACCGAACAGCCUACCGCCAGGCCUGUCUCAGCAGGCUCUCACACAACAAGUGAGCCGCGAGGCAUGUCAGCCAGAUGUGCGCCCCACCUCUCUCCGCACCCAAAAUACACACUCCUGUCGACCUCCCGACAGCCUCCUCCGUCUCUCAGCGUGGGACCAAACCGCUGAACCCUCCGUGACUGAUGGCUCAAAACGAUGUUGAAAAGUGUUCUGGUCCCGCCUUUGUGACGCGUUUCUCCAUUUUCGUGUCACCGCACUGGAAUUUGUGAAGGACUUUCGAAAUGCAAGUUUACCGACAGCUGCGGGGACUUUUUACUUGAAUGUGCAGGAUCUUGCACGUUGAAUACGUUGUUUUCCAUCUUUUUUUCAAACUGUUCUUUUCGAGGUUCACUGCUGCUCUUUAAGAAACUCGAGACACACUUGAACUGAACAUAAUGCAUCUUCCUUGAUGAUUCUCCCCACUAUUACAGUAUUAUUCACUAAUAGCUUUACCUGUUGGCCUUUUAACUUCUUUUUUAUUGUUUUUUUUUUUUGUUUUUUUUAAUUACUGUCUUUGUUUUUUGGACUGUUAAUUGUGUAGAAUUAUUUGGACAAGAAUGUUCUGCAUAGAGGUAGAUGGAAGGGCAGCGAAAAUAUUUUACAAGUACUGUAUUUCUGCAUCAGAUUUAUUAUAAAAAAAGUAAAUGGCGUAAAAAACCUUCCAUUCUUAUUAAGUGCAAAUGAUUAACUUCGGUAGCCUGGGAAUGAUAUGUGCGAGUUGGAUGCAAUGAAGCACACCGACAGUGAUUGACAGUGACUCUACCCCAUGCUGACAGAUGGCUGUUUCCGCUUUGCCUGCCGCAGUCUUUGCUCCUCCCCGAGCAGGGUCUUGCUCCUGUAGCUGCCUUAACUUUGAGCUGCACGUCAGAAAAUCUGACCAACCUUUGAAGAGAGCACCUGACAGCGCAGGUCACUGCUAUCCGUUAUACGCUCGCUGCUCAGUGACCUUUUAAGGAGCUGAAAUGCGGAAGGACUCGCCGUGUGUCGUCGGGAUUCGUGCCUCGAGUGCCAGGUUAAUUUCUCACGGGAUCUUCGAAGAAGUGGCCGAUGUUGAGAACAGUUUCGCUCGCUUCAUUGUCUAAGUGUUUGGUAAUUUUAUGAUGUCUUUUCUUGGGACACCUCUCAAAGACAAGCACGAGGUAUGUAGAAUUUGAGCUCCUCCAGGGUGUUUGGCAGCUUGUCUUCAGUCCUGUUCGUAUAACUAACGCUGACAACCCCCUAUGUCUUGUGAGCAUGUAAGUAAAAGUGUUUCGCUGUGGUCUGGCUGCCAACAUACUUAUCCUUGGAGUGGGAUUUGGGGGACCGCAGGUUGGGGGGGAACUAGAGAAUCAAAAAGAGAAAGGUAGAUUCUCGGGUUGAUGAUGGGAUGAUGGCAUGAUCCCAUGUGCCUCUGCAGUUCCACUCCUCACUAGUAGGGACCGGUUUUGGAAGAAGCGGUUAAGGAACCCUUUCAUACAGUUUAUUCUAAGCUAAAAAAAGACAUACAUUAGUAUUCAGGGCAUAGGGGGACAUAUCAAUAUAUUUUCCAGUAACUCUGCUCACUCCUUACAUAUAUUGCCUCCUAAACCUGUUUUUUUUCUUUAGACAUUAUAGGAAAAUGAGCUACAGGCAGGAAUAAUGUUACUUCUUUUGCAAUAACACUUAUUUACAAGCAGAUUUUAAGGCCCCUGGCAAUGCCAACAAGUAAUGUUCACCCACGCUGGGACUCGUAGCAGAUA